CAACUGUCAAAACAUACACUUGUUCACACUUGUUUGUUUUUGUGACUAUCAUCAUUCAUCACUAAUAAAUUCUCAUCUUUAUUAAAUAGGCACCAAAAAUGUCGGAUUCUGAUGAUUCAGAUAUUUAUCAACACCGUGCAUUUCGCGAAAUCCAUAGGGCUAUCAGGAAUUAUAAAAAAGAUCCGAAAACAGCGGGGAUGUUUGUGUCAGGCUGGGACGAUGCUGACGAGGGUGUAGAUGAAGUGGAAAACCCUGAAGACAAUCCAACUGAUCAUAUACUAUGGGCUGCUGAAAAAGGCGAUGUGAAUACUAUCAAAGAGUUACUGACAAAACAACCAGACUUAGUACAUGUGCAAGAUCCAGAUGGAUAUACACCAUUGCAUCGUGCUGCAUAUGGAAAUCAUGCAGUUGCUAUAUCAUACUUACUCAGUGGUGGAGCAAAUAUACACGCUGAAACAGAAGUAGGAUGGACACCACUCCAUUCAGCUUGCAACUGGAAUAAUUAUAAUGCAGUAGCAAGGUUACUAGCAGCAGGUGCUGAUCCAAAUGCUAUGUCUGCAGGAGGGCAAACACCAAUGCAUUUAGCUGCAGCAAUUAGCCACAGUAAAUCUACAUUGGUGUUGUUGUUUCUUAGAGAUGAUGUGGUUCAGGCGGCCGAAAAAAAAAACAUUUCUGGAGAGACACCCAAGCAAUUAGCACUUCGUCAUGGAAUCUAUGCUCCAUUGUUUGAAAUGGUUAUGCCUGCUAUGUCUUAUAUACAUUCUGAUGCAUUUACGUUUAAUCCCUUUAUUCAGAAGCAGGUCAUGAUUGAUAAAUCUUAAAUCAUAAACUAAUCAUAAUCAUAAAUAACUUUAUUGAAUUACCAAUAUUACAAUGAUUACAAUUUCUCUUAUAAUAUUUACUCUCUAGUUACUAAUUUCUGUAAUAAAAUAAUUUAAUACUAAAAAUGCUUUGCAAUCUAAUCAUUUCUAGAUACUCUCUAAACAUGACGAUGAAAGAAAAUGUAGAUUGUGUUUUGUGGUUUUAUGUUGUAAAUAAAGUAAUUUAAACUG